AUGGCGGUCAUCGAAUCCAUAGCUGACAGCUCACAGCCGUCCUCCUCGACCUCCGCUUCCAGCACCGCCAAAGCUGCCCUUCCUAAACCACCCCCUCGAUCCGGCGACUUCACCUAUGCGCAGCCCACCUCUGCCCCGCGCAAUCUCGAUGAGACGCUCAAAUCCUGGGACUCGGUCCCGCUCUUUAUGAAGGACCUCCCUACCGAGUCAGAUCCUGCAACUGAUUCCGCUCUCGAAGCGCUGCAGUCCCUCGCAUUCGACGGCACACCGGACGAGGUCGCCUCCAACUUCAAAUCGCAAGCCAACGACUACUUCAAAUCCAAACGCUACCGCGAGGCGCUCGGCUUCUACACCCAAGCCAUCGACGCUUCACCCGAGGACAAAGCACUUCUUGAGACGCUUUAUGCGAAUCGCGCAGCGUGCAACCUCGAGCUGCAGAACUACGGAGCGGCACUCAGGGACACGAGUGCCGUGCUCGGAUUGAACCCGCGGAGCGAGAAAGCGUACUACCGCGCCACGAGGGCGCUGUUGGCGCUGGACAGGUGUCAGGACGCUAUCGACUGCGCGGAUCAUGGUCUCGGCGUCAAUUCCGGCAACGAUGCCAUCCGCGCACUGAAGGUGAAAGCAGAGUCCCGGCUCAAAGCGCAAGCCCAAGCCGCUGCAGAUGCGACCGAGCGCAAACGCCGAGAAGAGGGCAUGUCAAAAACGCUUCAACAAGCCCUCCUAGUACGCGGACUGUGGCUCGAAACAACGCCAAGACCGCCAGACAACCCGCAACCCGCCCACUUCGACCCCGAAUCCCUGCCCGAACAAUCCUCCCUCAAACUCCCGCUAUCGAGCAAGUGGACGCCCCCAGACGUGAUCCGCACACCGCUCGUCGUGCCCCUCUUCUUCAUGUAUCCGCAACACGCGCAGUCCGACUUCAUCUCUGACUACCACGAGGACACGCCGCUCGCCACCUACAUCAGCACCAUGUUCCCGGCUUCGGCGCGCGGGUCGCUUCCCUGGGACGGCAAGGGCGAGUAUUACGAGGGGAACCUGCAGGUUUAUGCCACCACAAGGCGACAGCGUCUGCUGAAGUUGGGGAAGAAGUUGACGCUGCGCGAGGUGAUGGAUCAGGCGUUCAAAGAAGGGGACAGCGCGAAGGGCGAGGAUAAGAUCAGGGAUCGAGAUGGCCUCGUGAUGCAAGAUGGCAUUCUGAGCCUUGUUGUGCUGCCAAAGGGCGAGGCGGAGAAGAGGUGGGUUGACGAGUUCAAGGCUCAGCGAGAGAAGGCGGGCAAGAAGUGA